ACAAACUGUUGUCAAGGGAAGCUAACAAGCUAGUUCAUUAGCUUUGAAAACUGUCCAGAAACCGAUGUCGCUUUAAGAAUAAUGAACCAAGAACUGAACGAAGAAGAACUUCAGGACUUAUACGCAUGGAUAGACAAAAUAUCUCUGUCCCGGCCCAAGAGACACAUCACGAGAGACUUCAGUGACGGAGUGAUGGCUGCUGAGGUUGUCAAAUAUUUCUUCCCAAAGCUUGUUGACCUGCACAACUAUAUUCCUGCUAACUCCACACAGCAGAAGCUCAGUAACUGGAACCUUCUCAACAGGAAGGUGUUUUCCAAGCUGAACUUCCACGUGCCCGAGGAGACAGUGAAGAGGAUUGUACUGAGCACUGCCAGAGUGAUAGAGCCUGUGCUGAGCGCCCUCAGGGAGAAGAUAGACAAAAAACUGGAGCACACCACAGAGAAUAUACUGGAUUUGGAAUACUACGACACCAGAAACCAGGAAAUACCUCACACAGAAAUUCCUCAGGCUGAAGCGAAACUUGUGGCUCAUCUGGCGGGAGAGGGGUUGAUAAAAGAUGAAAAGAGCAGACUAAAGCACGGAAAACCACAGCACGCAGCACAGUUUUACUCAAACAUGGACCCUUCUUUACGGCUAUUCCUGCAGGAAAAAGAACAAGCGGUCAUGGCUUUGCAGGAGACCGUGGAGAUCCUGCAGAUGAAGGUGAACAGGUUGGAGCAUCUGGUUCACCUGAAGGAUAUGCGUAUUGAAGAUCUGACGCGGCAUCUGGAGACAUACAAAGCAAAAGGCAACACACGCUGAUACAAACAUAUACACAGAGACUUUGUGAUAGUACCUCUGCGUUCUCACCCUGUCACUUCAACUCUAAUAAAUGCUUAACUUCUUAAAAGCUUUAGUCAAGGCAAAAGAUCUUUUAAUGUAUAGAUUCUGAGAUUAUUGUCCUACCUGCUAAAAUACAUUACACCUGUUGAAUGCACAAGUGGGAUUACACGUGUUAUGUCUUAAUACUUUGCUGUUUUCUAAGUAAAGUAUGUUUGGUAAUUUAUCUAAUUUGGCAUUGAAAUAUUUUUAAAAUCAUGCUUUAACAAGGGCAGUGCAACAACUCUCUAUGAUACAAAUAUGUUUGUAAAUGUCUCUGUGUUUAAAUCGUAUCUAUUCAGAUUCUAUGGUAAAUGAUUUAUGAGAAUUUGAGUUGUUUAAUACAGAUAGUUGCUUCUUUGUGAGGAGGAGAAUGUGAUUUUCAUGUGUUUAUGUAUCCACAGUCGUCUCUGACCUUCUGUGCCUUUACACAGCCUAUGACCUCUGACCUCCAAGUGCUCAAUAAA